UACGAGGAUGAGCUCUCUCCUUGAGCGCCACACCGUCACGAGCGGAAACUCUCGCGAUAGUUCGGAACACAUGGCCGCCCUCAGUGUUUACAACUUCCCGUGAUGAACUGGAGAAUGCAAACAUAAAGUCCCGACGAAGAAGGACGUCGAAUAGUUUCGCAGGCUGUCCAUGCUCUCCGGCUUUAGCUGAGACUUUGACACCGUCGAGGAGGAGAGUGUUUACAGCCGAACAGCGAGCAGAAACAAAAGGCCAGGCAAACCACAACACAGGCUAGUGGGUGCUGUGAUGUCAUCUACCCCCAGCAGACUCAAACACCCACACUGCAGAAAGAAGCACUAUCCCAGUAGCACUUACCUCACCCACGUCUGACAGCCAAUCACCGGACACAAGGCACUCAGACGCCAGGUAAAGGGCUUGACAGGGGGAAUUGAUACACAUAGAUGUCUGAUUCAGCUGGAGGUGGUGAAGGUGGUGGUGCAGCAGGCGUGGGGCAGGAUGCAGAAGCAGACAACGAGCCUCCUCACCAGGCGCCGCCUUUACCUGGAGGUGACAGCAUAGAGGUAGGGGAGACUUCGGAGGAAGGGGCACCUCCAUCUGCCAAGCGGCCCAGGAUGAGCGAGGAAGAGGACCAGGAGGAGCAGGGGCUGGAUCUGGCUGCAACGCCCGUCAAGAUGCACGGAGAAACGACGGCACAGGAUGACUUGCUGCAGGAAGACGCAGCCCCACCAGCACAAAGAACUGGAGAGUUACUUCAAUGUGAGAAGGAAAGUGAAUUGGAAGAAGUGCCUGUCGGUGGGGGAAGUGAAGAAGAAUGCCAUCAGAAUGGAAAUGGAGGGCUUGAGGCCACCUUAGAAGAAGGAGAGACGAAAACAGAGCAAGAGCACAACAGUGACAGAUCUGCAGACAGCCCCAGUGAAGGACAGCACCUUGGCCUAGAUUUUACACAGAACCCCCAGAUGCUGACUGGUUCCUGGACUGAAUACUCUAGCCUUCCAGAGAAUUACCUCAAAGGCUGCAAAUGGGCCCCUGAUGGCUCCUGCAUCCUGACCAACAGUGCAGACAAUGUGCUCCGUGUGUACAACCUCCCUCCAGAGAUUUACAGCUACAACUGGGAUUUGCUUCCUGAGAUGAGUCCAGUGCUGAGGAUGGCAGAGGGAGACACUAUCUACGACUACUGCUGGUACCCCAAGAUGACCUCUCUUGACCCGGACACAUGCUUUCUAGCCAGCAGUAGCCGCGACAACCCAGUCCAUGUGUGGGACGCAUUUUAUGGGGAAGUGCGAGCCAGUUUCCGGCCCUACAAUCAUCUGGACGAGUUGACAGCAGCCCACUCCCUCUGCUUCUCGCCCGAUGGAACACAGCUCUACUGUGGCUUUGACAAAACUGUCCGGGUCUUCUACACUGACCGCCCUGGAAGAGACUGUGAGGAGCGGCCCACUAUAGUGAAGAAGCAGGGCCAAAGUGGCAUCAUCUCCUGCUUUGGCUUCAGCCCCUGCCAGUCUGUUUACGCCUGUGGCUCUUACUCCCGCUGUGCUGGCCUCUACUCCUGCCAAGACGGCACCCUGCUGGCUCUGCUGCCGACCCGCCACCACGGAGGCCUCACCCAUCUGCUCUUCUCCCCUGAUGGCAACUACCUGUACACCGGCGGGCGCAAGGAUCCAGAAAUCCUGUGCUGGGACCUAAGAGAGCCAGGCAAGGUUGUGUUUUCACUGAAGAGGAACGUGGCCACUAACCAGCGCAUCUACUUUGACCUGGACCUGUCCGGCAGGUACCUGUUGAGCGGCGACACAGAGGGAGUGGUGUCAGUAUGGGACACCCAGACAGCUCCUCCCGAUGUAAACGAGGAGCUACUGCAACCUCAGCUCAGGUUCCAGGCCCAUUGGGACUGCACCAACGGCAUCAGCAUUCACCCCUUCAUGCCACUGUUGGCAACCUCCAGCGGGCAGCGUCAGUUCCCUUGGCCCACCGACAGCGAGGGUGACUCGGCCUCCGACGGCGAGGGAGGCGAAGCUGUGAUGUCACCGCAAGAGACCAGACAAGACAACACCCUGAGUCUGUGGUGGGCCGGACCACUCGGCCCUGCCACAGAGGGGGGCCAGGAGCAGAGCGCAGCUGUCGCGGAGGCCUGAAGCUCUGCUAGUUCAGCCAGCUGACGUAAAUUGAGUUACACCUGCCAUGUGAUAUUUAUUUUGGGAAUGUUUGGUGUGGCUAAAGUGAAUUAUGGGUCAGUCAGAUUCUCUUUCCCAUCAGCAACAUGAAGUCCCGAGGUGGAAAAACAUUUCUGGAUCAUUUUUGGACAUCCAGUUACCUUAAACAUUAACAAUCCGAACAAUAUAUUUUUUUUAACAUAUCACCGGCAAGUUUACAGCCUUUACAGACCAUACUACUACAGUUAACGUCAAAGGAUUAGGAAAUAUCUCACAUCAGGUCGCUACUGAACAGUUUUUCAGGGUUUUGUGUUUCAAGGCUUCAUUGUUGUAAUGGCUUUUUGUUAAAUUAGAAUUGGGAUUAUUUGCCAUUUGUGGUCUGCACUUAAACCAAGGAGGUUUUCUUUCAAAGCUUACUCAGGUCCAGACUAAAUGUGGGCUGCAUAACCAGUAGAUUGGAACAUGGAAUUUCUCAGCUUUAUUUAAUUAGGGAGAGAACAUUUGUUUAUACUUUGAAAUCCACCCAAUAGGAAACAUAAUGAAUUUUCAUAAAACUAGAGUUGACCUUUUUUCUUCUUUUUUCUUUUCUAAUGGUAUUUUAACGGUGAACCUACUCCCUGACUUUGAUCAUUUGGUUGAUUUGAAAGUCUUGACAUGGAUCUGUGGGAGUGUUUGUUUACGUGUGUGUGUGUUUGUGUGUGUGGCUGUAAUGCUGCCCCGGAGACUCCCAACUGCUAUAGUUAACAGUAAGUGCCAUUUGUUCUUGAGCUUUGCUUUUGUAAACUGAUGGGGUCUCUCGUUUUUACCUUCUUUUUUUAAAACUGUUAGACAAACCAAGUGUUGUGUCGCUGAGUGCAUGCCCAAAAAUAUAUAUUUUUGUAAAGCCAUGAUGAUCUUUUUUUUUCCCCCCAGAAUGUAUACUCUGUAAGCGGCUUGAUAACUGUAAGCUAAUAACAAUCUGUGAAGGUCUCUAAGUAGUGUGUGCACAUUGAAAACGAGUAUUGUCAUAAAUAUUUUUUCUACAGCGUGUGCUGGGAUUACAUUUGUACCCGUGUGAGUGGUGAUGUGGCAUCACAAAACACAUUGUCUUUGUAUAUUUGUAUUGGUAAUGUACUGCAGUGGUUUGCUCAAUGAUUAUGUCGCCAUCAGUGGGGUGUGCUUUGCCGUAGGAUUUCUCCGACCGAAUGCUUUGUAUCGUUAAACACUGAGGAUUCUCUCCUUUUUCGAAGCCUGUGCUGAGCCAGGUUUCACUUCUUGGAACUCAAACGUGUUGCCAAGUAAUUAUAGUUACAAUUGUGUAGCUACUAUAUCACAGUACUACACUUGUUUGCUAUACCAGAAAGCAUUAGGAACCAUGUCUGCCUUUUUGUCCCAUCUUUAGAUGGAUGUCUGUGUCUACGACAGUUGGAUUUCUGCUGGUUUUAUUCAAGCUGGAGUGAAUUAAAAGCAUAUCUCUUCACAGGUU